UCAGGCACUGCUCCAUGAAUGCGGCUCUAUCCCACAAUGCAGCGCACGGCGCGUCAUUGAAGAGAGACCAUGAUGGCGGCUGUUGGGGCAGCAGAAGUGAUUACACAGCUGGAGAGCGCUGCCAAAGUUUUAAUGGCACCACCAUCUAUGGUCAGCAAUGAGCAGCGGCAGCAUGCAGAGCACAUCUUCCUGUCUUUCAGAAAAUCCAAAUCCCCUUUUGCUGUAUGCAAACACAUUUUAGAAACUAGCAAAGUGGACUAUGUUCUUUUCCAAGCUGCCACAGCCAUAAUGGAAGCCGUUGUCCGGGAAUGGAUCCUUUUAGAGAAGAGCAGCAUUGAAUCUCUGCGAACGUUCCUUUUAACCUACGUCUUGCAGAGGCCGAACCUUCAGAAAUAUGUGAGGGAGCAGAUUUUACUAGCAGUAGCAGUUAUUGUAAAGCGUGGAUCAUUAGACAAAUCCAUUGACUGCAAGGGCAUUUUCCAUGAAGUCAGUCAGUUAAUAAGCAGUGGAAACCCAACAGUGCAGACACUGGCCUGCUCCAUUCUCACAGCACUGUUGAGUGAAUUUUCCAGCUCUAGUAAAACCAGCAAUAUUGGACUUAGCAUGGAAUUCCAUGGUAGCUGUAAACGUCUGUUCCAGGAAGAAGACCUACGGCAGAUUUUCAUGCUCACAGUGGAAGUUCUGCAGGAGUUCAGUCGGAGAGGAAACAUUAGCGCUCAGAUGUCCUCAGUGUUUCAGCGGUACCUUGCACUUGCCAGCCAGGUCCUGAGUUGGAACUUCCUUCCACCUAACUUGGGCCGGCAUUAUAUAGCUAUGUUCGAAUCCUCUCAAAAUGUGAUGCUAAAGCCAACAGAGUCCUGGCGGGAGACCUUACUGGACAGCAGAGUCAUGGAACUCUUCUUUACAGUGCAUCGUAAGAUCCGGGAAGACUCGGACAUGGCACAGGAUUCCUUGCAGUGUCUGGCACAGUUAGCAUCCAUGCAUGGGCCUGUAUUCCCGGAUGAGAGUGCCCAGGUUAACUAUUUAGCCCGUUUGGUAGAAGGAUUACUCGGCAUGAUAAAUGGGAUUGAAAUAGAGGAUUCGGAAGCUGUGGGGAUUUCCAACAUUAUCAGCAAUUUAAUAACGAUGUUCCCUCGCAGUAACUUGACUGCCAUUCCCAGCGAGCUCUUCAAUUCGUUUGUAAACUGCCUCACGCACCUCACUUGUUCCUUUGGAAGAAGCGCUGCCUUAGAGGAAGUGCUUGACAAGGAUGAUAUGGUAUACAUGGAAGCCUAUGACAAACUCCUGGAGUCCUGGCUCACACUAGUGCAAGAUGAGAAGCAUUUUCAUAAAGGCUUCUUUAUCCAGCAUGCUGUGCAGGUUUUCAAUUCCUACAUUCAGUGCCAUCUUGCAGCGCCUGAAGGCACAAGGAAUUUGACUGCUAAUGGAGUGGCCUCCCGUGAAGAAGAAGAAAUCAGUGAGCUGCAGGAAGAUGACAGGGAGCUGUUCUCAGACCAGUUGGCCAGUAUAGGCAUGUUGGGAAGGAUAGCUGCUGACCACUGCAUACCUCUCCUCACAAGUUUGUUGGAGGACAGAGUAACAAGGCUCCACGGCCAGUUACAACGGCAUCAGCAGCACUUGCUGGCUUCUCCAGGAUCUGGCUCAGUAGAGAACAAAGUGCUGGAUGACCUGUAUGAAGAUAUUCACUGGCUUAUUCUAGUCACAGGCUGCCUCUUGGCUGAUGAGACUCAGGGCGAGACCCCUCUUAUACCUCCAGAGAUAAUGGAAUAUUCCAUCAAGCACUCGACCGAAGUGGACAUCAAUACAACCCUUCAGGUCCUGGGAUCCCCUGGGGAGAAGACAUCUUCUAUCCCAGGAUGUAACAGGACAGAUUCAGCUAUCAGGUUACUGUCUUCUGUUCUGAGAACUUCAGAAGUGGAGUCUCGGGCAACAAGAGCAAACUUGACAGACCUGCUUAGCCCACAGAUGGGAAAGGAUAUAGUGUGGUUCCUGAAAAGAUGGUCCAAAACAUACCUGUUAGUUGAUGAGAAGUUAUAUGACCAGAUAAGCAUACCAUUUAGUGCUGCCUUUGGUGCAGACACUGAAGGUGCCCAGUGGAUUGUGGGAUAUAUUCUUGAAAAGGUCAUUAAUAACCUGUCAGUGUGGAGUUCAGAGCCGGACUUGGCAAAUGACACAGUGGAAUUGCUGGUUACGUUGGUAGAACGAAGGGAAAGGGCUAAUAUCGUAAUCCAGUGUGAGAACUGGUGGAAUUUGGCCAAGCAGUUUGCCAAUAGAACCCCUCCGCUGCACUCCCUUUCCAGCUCGGUGCAGAGGACCCUGAUGAAGGCCCUGGUUUUAGGGGGGUUUGCACACAUGGAUUCAGAAACUAAACAGCAGUACUGGACCGAAGUUCUUCAGCCUCUUCAGCAGAGGUUCAUGAAUGUUAUCAACCAAGAGAAUUUCCAGCAGAUCUGUCAGGAGGAGGAGGUGAAGCAGGAGAUCAUCGCCACCUUAGAGGCACUUUGUGGAAUUGCAGAGGCAACGCAAAUAGAUAACGUCGUUAUUCUGUUUAACUUUUUAAUGGACUUUCUAAACAACUGCAUCGGCCUUAUGGAGAUUUACAAGAACACCCCAGAGACUGUUAACUUAAUAAUUGAAGUGUUUGUUGAAGUUGCACAUAAACAGAUUUGCUAUCUAGGAGAGUCCAAAUCAAUGAAGCUGUACGAAGCCUGUCUGACACUGUUGCAGGUUUAUUCCAAAAACAACCUUGGUAGGAAGCGAGUAGACAUGUCUGCAGAGGAGGACCAGUACCAGGACCUUCUCCUGAUCAUGGAGCUGCUCACUAACCUCCUCUCCAAAGAGUUCAUCGACUUCAGUGACACCGAUGAAGUUUUCAGAGGGCAAGAACCAGGUCAGGCAGCAGACAGAUCAGUAUCGGCUGCAGAUGUUGUACUAUAUGGAGUUAAUAUAGUGCUGCCACUUAUGUCACAAGAUCUGCUAAAAUUUCCAUCUCUGUGUAACCAGUAUUAUAAACUCAUCACCUUCAUUUGCGAGAUCUUCCCUGAGAAAAUUCCACAGCUACCGGAUGAUCUCUUUAAGAGCCUGAUGUUUUCCCUGGAGCUUGGCAUGACCUCGAUGAGCUCAGAAGUCAGCCAACUGUGUUUAGAAGCUAUAACCCCCCUGGCGGAGCAGUGUGCUAAGGCGCAAGAGACAGAAUCGCCCCUUUUUGCUGCAACCAGGCACUUCCUUAAGCUUGUUUUUGACAUGCUAGUGUUGCAGAAACACAACACAGAGAUGACCGUAGCUGCAGGCGAAGCAUUGUACACAUUAGUUUGUUUGCAUCAGGCAGAGUAUUCUGAGUUGGUGGAAUCCCUGUUGUCAAGCCAACAGGACCCUGUGAUUUAUCAGCGAUUAGCUGAUGCUUUCAACAAGCUCACAGCCAGCAGCUCCCCUCCCACCCUGGACCGCAAGCAGAAGAUGGCCUUCCUUAAGAGCUUGGAGGAGUUUGUUGCAACUGUGGGGGGCCUGCUGUGUGUAAAAUAACAACCAUGAUGACUUUGGUGAAAGAUUGCACAGCUGGACAAGAAAUUGCUGAAGCCGAAAUAUAUUUUUUUUGUAUUGUUUGCAGGCUGCAUUCAUAGCCAAAGAUGGCUAAAUAUGGCUAAAAGAGAAUUGAUGGACUGGGAGUAAACAAUUAGAAUUCACAUUUAUUUCCUCAUUCAAAUAUUGUUUACUUAGCCAGAGAAAGGUUAAAGGCCAUUUUGAAUUCCGAACAUGUGCAGAUGAAUAGGCACAGAGAAGAGUUUGUGCAGAGUGCCUUUAGUUUUUUGGAACCAGCCAUCUAAGUGGCCUGAACAAACUUGUCUUAAGAGAAAGAUCCAUCAUUUCUGAGCCCUCUUUUGAACCUAGACAUUAUUGAACAGUAAAAACAUGUAACAGCUUUGAGAAGCUUUAUUCUUCAUGCAGGGCUGUAGGUAUGUGAUCGUGCAAUGAUGAAUAAAACACCAAAUCGCUUUUGUUAACUCUGGGGGUGUAAAAUGUGUUUAAAAAAAAAAAAAAAAAAAAAAGGCAGGUUUGCAGUGUUGUGUAAUCUGCGACUGUCAAAAUACUAUUUUAUACCACCUGAAGGAGAAGGUGUGUCUUUUUUAUUUUUCAUUUCUGCUUCCCAUAAUGUAGAAGUCAAGGGUUAUGUGGCCUUAACUCUAGGAGAUACAGCGCAUUCGUAUUAUUAUUUUUAUAUGAGGCCACCACUGGUGUUGACAUUUCAAAGAAAGAAAAGGACUUCAGUUACAAAUAGAAAAUGUAGCUCCUUGCAGGUCUGCUAAAGCCAUAUUGGGGAACAGAAACAUAAAUCCUUUUUCUUAUGUUUCUACCAAUACCCCUCCUCCCCCCAAAUGAAACUGAUAUCUACAUUGCUUUAGCAAUAAUGAUGUAAAGGUAUUCUAAUACACAGGGAUUUUAGUUGGGACAUUAUUAAAGAAAAGAAAAAAACACAUUUAGAAUACUUGUUAAUAAUUUCAAAAAUGUUACAAAAUGUAAAACUGUAUAUAAUUUUUUUUUUUUUUUUUUUUCUUGUGCUGUUUUUGUGUUAGAUCAGCCAUAUUAGUACCAUGUUUCAGGCAUGUACAUUUCUCAGCCAGACACACAACUUGAAAUGAUUUCAGGCUGCAUUAAUCUUACUUUGUCUGUGUGAGAGCUGAUGGUUUCAUCAGAGGUCACUACUUCAGUAGUGCAUUUCCUGCAUGAGAAUCUCCAAGAGUCUAAGAAUAAAAGGGUGUCACAGACAGUUGGAACUGCAGUUGAAAGAACCAGCCUUUUGAAUAUUAUGAACAUGAAACCCAUACUUAAAAGCUACCCAAUUGUUAACCUGGAUUUAAAUGUCAGCUGUUGAUGUUGUGCCUGUAAGCUAUUGUUAUUGGUAAUGUUUAAGAUUGGGGAAAAUAUUUUUCGAUCCUCUCAAAUUAUAUAUAUAUAUAAUUUUUGAGAGGAUCUAAAAAUAUUUUCCCCAUGCAUACAUGUUCCUGUUAGAUCUUUUUCAAUCACAUUCUAAAGGGAAAAUGGCUAACCUUUCUAAUUAAUAGUUUAUAUUUAUGGAGGAAUCUUGUGUGUCCGCGUAAAUCUAGUGCGACCUUAAUUUAAAAAAAAAAAAAGAACAGAGGUUGUGGUAACAUUUUAAAUUAAUAUUUUCCAAAUAUCUCUGGAUUGGGUUAUUGGCUUUCAUCACAUUACAUGCGACUGUGACUUAAAAAAAAUAAUAAGAUAAAAGCCAGUUAUGAGGGUUUAAUAGUUAGGUAUUUGUGUGAGUGUUUAUAUGAUCUGACACAACUUGUUUGCUUCAGUUGUAAAUACAGAGCCCAUUCAUAAACCAAAGGAUAAUGCAGACAAAAAUAUUCAGCGGGGGCUGGCGGUCAAAGAAAAGAACCAAAAUGACUCCAUCUAUGUAUCAACGGUUAGGUUCACAGUAAAAUAAGUUAAAAUGCAUACUUUAUGAGGAGAGUCACUACUCCAGAUACCAGCUAUUAUUUAGAUUUCCUCCUCAAAUAUACAGUUGCAGUAUUGGCACCCAAUGCUUAUACUGUAAUCCAAGGUAAGAGGUUAAAGAGUAAGUAUAUUGCGUUAUGUCCCCACAUGUUGCUACAACUGUUUAAAUAAUGUACCUGUACAUUUUUCUUUUCAUUGUUAGCGUCCUGACAACUUUACACUUGUAAGUUUUUAAAGUCUGUUUCAGAGGUAUUUUAAACAUGUCCGUUUCAGUGCACUGGGGUUUGAGAUCGGGUGUGUGCUCUCAUCACUGCCAGAAGAGCGAUGAAGUGCUCUGGCUUUUGUAUUCCGUGUUUGGCAAUGUGGGCAAUAAUCCUUUCAGGCAUGUAUGAUAAUUCAUAACCAGUAUGUUGCAUCUUGUUGAUGAAAUCUGGACCAUUCUGUCUUUUACUAUUUCCUUCAGAUCAGUCCAAAGCAUUUCUAUUGGAUUGAGAUCUGCCUAUUCCAGAACUUUUUAUUUGUGUGGUUUUUUUUUUUUGGUUUUUUUUGUUUUUUUUUUUUUAAUUCCAGAGUUGACUUAGUCGUAAGCUUUGUGUCGUUGUCGUGUUGGAAGGUAAACUGUCUGCCAAUCAGCCUAUGUGCGGAUGGUAUCAUUGUACUUUGUAGAAUGUUUUAAUACAUGGCUGCAUUCAUUCAGUCUUCAGUCACAUGACUGUCUCCAGUCCCUGAACUGCUAACCCCACAUCCCCCCCUCCCCCAUCAUGAUCGAACCACCUUCAUUUGAAGGCUUUCCCUUUAGUCUCAUCAGAACAGAGAAUUUUGUUGACGUAUGCUUCAGAUUCCUGUUCUUAUUUCUUGGCUUAUUUAAGACGGUUUGUCUUAUGAAUUUUCUUUAAACGUGGUUUGCAGUGAGGUCUUUGUGCAUACAACUCUUCUGUGUUUAGGUGCCUUUGUAUGCCUGUUGCUUCUAAAUCUUUAUUUAAGUCAUUGGCUUUUAAUCUCCUGACUCAGUUUGUUUUAUUUUGUUUUUUCCCCCGGACCUCCACUUCUUUCAAGCGUCUCGGUUGAAUUUGUUCUGUGGUACUUCUUGAUUAUUGUUUAGAUUGUGCAUUUUGGUUUUCCCAUAUUUUUUUGAUACUGCUUUGUAGCAAUUUCCUGUAGUCUGCUAUGAGUGCUUUUGUUAAACAUUAAAUCCAACUACUUUGUCUUGACUAUCA